CUGGAGGCGGUGGUGCUGCUGCUGCUGCUGCGGGUACAGCAGACACAGCAGGGGCAGCAGCAGCAGCAGCAGCAGCAGCAGGGGCAUCAGGCUACCGAGCCAGUGUCCUUGUGGGGCCCCUUUGCGUCAACCUUACGCCGACUUUGUUGCACGAGCUUCGCUGCUUUCUGCUGCUGCCACAGCAGCAGCAGCAGCAAGAGCGACAGCUGCAGAUGGAUGAGGAUUCCCUGGACGGGCUUGCUGAUGAGCAGCAGCGGCAACAACAGCAUCUGCAGCAGCAGCAGCAAUCACUGACAGAGCUGGCUCUCAGCCCCUCAGGGAGCCAGCGCAGCAGCAUCUGCAGCAGCAGUUGUAGCAGCAGCUGCAGCAGCAGCCGCAGCUCUCUUUGGCGCAGCAUGAGCAGCAGCAGCAGCAGCAAAGCCAGCAGCAGGCCCUACCCGCAGCUGCUGUAUUCCAUGGACAGCCGCGACCUCAACGUCAGGCAGCAGCAGCAGCAGCAACAGCCAAAAGGCCGCCGGCGCAGGGCUGAUGCAGACGCAGCAGCAGCAGCAGCAAGGCCGGCUGCUGCUGCUGCUGCUAGUGCUCGCCAAGAAAUUCAUUUUGUUGUUUCUGUGCCUCACGUUGACGUGCAGCUCUUGCUGCAGCUCCCUUGUGGGAGCAGCAGCAGCAGCAGCAGCAGCAGCAGCAGCCUGUCGCAGCAAGAGAGGUGGCAUGGUCGCAUAGCAGCAGUAGCAGCAGCAGCAGCAGUAGCAGCAGGGCGUCCAAGUUUUCACUGGCUGCAUUUCGCGCUGCGAUCUGUCAAGAUCAGCCGCAGCUCUUUGCCCGAAGUGGUUGAGAGGGAGUUGCUGCCGCUGCUGCUGUGUCAGUGUCUUUGCUUCAUCCCCGUGCUGCACAUUGCCUUUGCUGCAUGCAGCGACGCUGCUGCUGCUGCUGCUGCAUCUCCCGCUGCUGCUGCUGUGACGGGAGCGAAGCAGCCUGGUGCAGCAGCAGCAGCAGCAGCAGCAGCAGCACACCCAAAGCAGCGCCGAAGGCACCAGCAAGGGCACAGAUGCACCAGCUCUUCUGUCACGGUGGGGCUACUGCAGCUGUCGCUGCUGCAGUAUGAGCAUCAGCAGCAGCGAGCAGCAGCAGCAACAAGCGAGCCUGCUGUUGCGGGAGCUGCUGCUGCUGCUGCGCAGUCCAGGGCACUGCUUUUGCUGGAAGGGUUGGAGGCUGAGGUCAUGCAGGAAGACUUCGACAGCAGCUUCGCUGCUGCUGCUGCUGCUGCUGCUGCUACUGCAACAGCACAGCGGGCCGCUGCAGCAGCAGGAAACGGUCCAGUCGCGGCACUGCAGCUGCAGUCCCAUGUGUACGCUGACGCCCGCACAAGCAGCGGCAGCAGCAGCAGCAGCAGCAGCAACAUGACACCUCAGUGCUGCGUGUACACCUCAGCCUAUAGGGCCGCUGGAGAGCUGCGGUGUCUCGCGAUUGGAGCAGCAGCAGCAGAUGUUGCUGUUGCAGCAGCAGCAACUCGCAGCCUCGUCGCGCAUGCACUUGGUGUAUACGUUGAGCUGCUGCGUCUCACCUGCCAGCAACUGACUCCGGACGUGCAGCAGCAACAGGACCCGCAGCAGCAGCAGCAGCAGCAGCAGCUGCAGGAGCGUUAUCUGCAGCAGCACACACUGAAGCAGCAAACCAACGGCAAGGACACACCCCCAGCGGUGCCGCCACUACUUGCUAUCGAAAGUGCAGCGUCAGCAGCAACAGCAACGACAUCAGCAGCAGCAGAAGCAGCAGCAGCAGCAGCAGCAGAAGCAGAAGCAGUAGAAGCUGCCUGCGCUUCGUGCAGCCGCUACAACUGUCCUGGUUGCUUCGGAAUAUCAGUUGGCCUUGCAGCGGCUGCUGCUGCCCCGUCUGUUGAUGCUCCGUUCGAAGCAGCAGAAAUGCAGCAGCAGCAGCAGCAACAGCAGCAACUUCCGUUACAGGCAACUCUCUGGGCUGUCUGCGGGUGCUGCUCAAAGGGGCUUGCUGCAGCAUCCGCUGCGCCACAUAUGAAGGCAGCAGCACAGAUCGGCAGCAGCAGCAGCAACAGCAGCCGGAGCAGCAGCAGGAACAGCGGCAGCAGCAGCAGCAGGAUACGAGGCGCCUUCGCUCCAGAUGUGCGGCCCAUAUUCAACGGGGGCAGAAACAGCAGCAGCAGCAGCAGCAGCAGCGACCCGCUGCUGCUCUUCUGUGAGCUGUACGCCUCCGUCAGCAGCGGCAGCGCGACGCUGCUGCUGCUGCCGGGGCCCCGCGAAGUGUCUCUGUUUGCUGCAGCACAUCAGCCGCAGGAGCUGCUGCUGGAGCAAUACGCUUCUUCAGCAGCAGCAGCAGGUGCUGCAGCAGCUGCUGCUGAGGCGCUAAUUCGGGGCAGCAGAGACAGGACUUCUUCGCUGCGUUUGCCUCUGCCGCCAACGCACCAAUACCAACAGCAGCAGCGGCAGCAGCAGCAGCAGCACCAGCAGCAGCAGCAUGCCUCGCAGCAGCAAAGCCCCCACUACAGCAGCAGCAGCAGCAGCAGCAGCAGCAACAGCCCCCUCGCAACAAGCUUUGCUGCUUUGGGGCUUCACGAAGGUCUGCUGUUUUUGCUGCCGCCGCCCCCUUUCCGGUCGUUUUUGCCGCUGCAGCAGGAGCUGCUGCAGCAG